AGUCCAUUUUUCUCUCUCUCUCCCCAUUCUUUUUGGACCUUUUUGUACCAAUAAAUAGCAGUUGCUCUGCUGGGGUUUUUUUGCCAAAGCUGAGCAAUCUCCUUUCUCUGCUCUUUCGACUCUGUUAUCCUCUCUUUUCUUGUGUCGAGAGCCAUGGCAGACAAUUCAGGAAGUAAUGGAAGCCAAGCUGUUACUUUGAAUGUCAAUGAAAGUGAGGCCAAUCGCAAUAUUCCUUCCUCCUCUGCCUCCAAAACCAGCAGUAAUGGAGGAGGCUUCUGUCUCUCUGUGCCUUUCAUGCAGAAGUUGGUGGCAGAGGUGUUGGGCACAUACUUCUUGAUAUUCGCCGGUUGUGCAGCGGUGGUGGUGAAUUUGGGCAACGACAAGGUGGUGACUCUGCCGGGAAUAUCAAUUGUUUGGGGACUUGCUGUGAUGGUUCUGGUUUACUCUGUUGGCCACAUCUCCGGUGCCCAUUUUAAUCCUGCGGUCACCAUUGCCUUCGCCACUUGCAAGCGAUUUCCAUGGAAGCAGGUGCCAGCCUAUAUAUCAGCUCAAAUAAUCGGGUCAACACUGGCGAGCGGAACACUCCGGUUGAUGUUCACCGGGCACGAGAACCAGUUUGCUGGAACAAUGCCGGCGGGGUCUAACCUGCAGACUUUUGUGCUUGAGUUCAUAAUCACAUUCUACCUCAUGUUUGUCAUAUCCGGGGUUGCCACCGACAACAGAGCUAUUGGAGAGCUUGCUGGCCUCGCUAUUGGGUCUACCAUCCUACUUAACGUAAUGAUUGCCGGGCCAAUUUCAGGAGCAUCAAUGAAUCCAGCAAGAACCUUGGGGCCUGCAAUUGUACAUGGCAAAUACAAUAGCAUAUGGGUAUACCUUUUGGCAACAAUUCUCGGGGCUAUCUCCGGUGCAUGGGUCUACAAUAUUAUCAGGUUCACUGACAAGCCGUUGCGCGAGAUCUCCAAGAGUGGCUCUUUCCUAAAAGGGUCAAAAAAUAAUAAUUCUAUCUAAUUAUAAAUGAAUAAAGCUAUUUAAUAAACUCGCAUAGGACUACCUAUACAAUUAUGAUAAUGUGACAGUGAAAAUUAACAUUUGAAUCAACAAGGGGUUUAUAACAAAAAUGAUUGAUUUUCAUUGUCCCAUCACUAUAGUUGUAUGGCAGUCGAAUGAGAGUCUACUAAAUAGUAUAUAUAUAUGUAUGAAACUGUUUUGUAAGAAAAUUCGUACAAAUCAAUUUUUAAAAGUAAUAUGUGUCGUUUGUAUAUGAGAAGUAUUUUUUUUUAAUAGCAUGUGCUUCUCACAUGCUUUAAAAGUUUACAAGACACAUGUUACUUUGAAAGGCGGGUUUGUAAGAGUUUCCUAAAAUUGAGUUCGUAUGAGAUUAAAAAAGGAAAAGGGUUUCCUCCAUGUUUUGUACUUGUUUGGUGAUUGCUACUAUAGGCUUAAAAAGUGUAAGGAGGAGCUCUCAUGUCAUGUUUGUUAUCAAAUGUAUUCUCUAUAAUCUUUAUAUCAUAACAAAUCUUAUAAAUGAAAGUUUGCUUCAUUGUUA